UUGAACGCAAUAAAAGUGGAAGGAAGGCAACAGUGUUACGCAGCAGAUUGAACCAUUCGGACUCAAAGCGGUUUGUUCAGUUAAAAAUUGUUGGCAAAGUGAUACCACAUUUUUGGACGAUCCCAUCAUUUUAAGUUUCCAUGUGGUGCAGACAGUGCGAUCAAUUUAACCAAAAGUUGGUAACCUACGAACAAGUAUUGCAUAGCGGAUAAACCAUUCGCAAAGUGAAGUGAAAUAAACUGUGCAUAAGCGAGACAAAUCUUUGACUCCACUAGUCCGUUGAAGGAUUCCAAAGACUGCAGUUACUACUUGUAAGCAGUUUCAGUUGAAUACAAAAUUGAGAGAGAUAUUUCAAUGAGUUACCAUAAUAUGGCAGCUCAACAGGCAUCAACAUCUUCUGACUGCUACGAAUGUGGAAGUAAUCCCGGCAACCAUGGCAUCAAUUACGAGAAGGAUCUCGCAUUCGUAACCUUUGUAGCGGCUUCCUUGGAAGAAAGUAAGUUCAAGCUGGCCGUAGAGAUGACAGCAGCAGAGAAAUUCGAUGACGUGGUAGUUUUCAAAGAAGAAUCCAAAGAGGUGUUGUUAUUCCAGGCCAAACAUUCCAAUAAUGAAGAGCACGUAAUGUUCGACAACCUAUUCCCUAAUGAUCCGAGAAAAAGCAAAGACUUUGCUUUUCCUCGGUAUAUUCAAUCGUAUCUGAGGAUUAGAGAAAACAAAGUUUUUGAAGGUUAUAAACCAACAAUCAUUAUAUUCACUAAUAAAACACUGACACGAACUGAAAACCAGUUGAUGAAUAUCCAAGUACAAAACGUGAACAGCAUCAUUAAAUGGUGCGAUUCUAAUAAAAAUCUUUAUUUUGAGUCACUUAACGAUAUAGCAGUUGUUGAAAAAAUGAAUUCAGAGCUGUUCAAAAUCAAAGCAGACAUAGAAAAACUUGUAGAAACUGGAAAAAUAUCAGAUUUGCUGAUGCAAUACAAGACACCAUUGCAAAAUAUUCUUCAAAUUGCUGAUGGAAUAAUAAGUUUCAAAGAGCCUGAAGUGGAUAGCAAAGAUAUGAGAACUCAUCGAUGGAUGCUUGCCAAGUUAGCCAAGUUGAAGCCGAUUAGAUUAGAUGACAAAACUGUUAAAAGCUUGAAUAGUUUUUUUACCGGAAAAUCGAGGAACAAUCUUCUUCCUGUGUAUGUCGAAGAAGAACAAAUGCGGGAAUUUUUUCAAAGUUUAAUUUUCUGUGCAGAACAACCAACUGACCUAAGAAGUGUUGCCGAGAAAAUGAUAAGCUCCUGGAUGCCACGGUGGGUUGACAGCGAUCUUGCACGGGAAUCAAAAUAUUUUUUAGCCUGUUUCGACGAAGUAUUCAACAAAUGGCACGCACAGAUAUUGAAACAAAAAGACUAUCUUACAUUUCAAAAACAGGGUUUGGAUUGCAUUCAAAAUAUGAAGUCAGAAUUAGAGAAAAAAUUUGAAAGGAAACAUUCUUCGAUUGCAGCCAAUUUGUCAAUAUAUGUCUCGCGCACCAUAAUCAAAACAAUAAAUAAAAAAGACGACAACGAAAUAGAACCACAAACUAAUCGCUUUACAUUGAAUCACGAAUCAUUUGUAGGGAGAAGCAAAGUACAAACUAUCCAAAUGAGUGAUCAGGAUUUUAUAGAACAGAUCUAUCAGCAGAAUGCGGUAUCAGCAGGAACAAAAUGUCAAAUACUUAUUGGAGAACCCGGUAUGGGAAAAACCACAUUAAUUUAUAACUUGUUUUGGCAAUCACGAAACCUAAAAAAUGUAGCCGUUUAUCUAAUCCGUUUAAAAAAUCUUAAUUUUUGCGAAGAAAAAAAAAGUGAUCCCCUGCACAUCUUCGAACAUGAAUUGCCCCAAGAGAGUGGGAAUAUUUUGCGAAAUUAUUUGGAAAGUUCGGAAAUUCAAAUUGUAUUCCUUUUAGAUGGGUUUGAUGAAAUGAAUCCAAAUCACCAACAAUCAGUACUGACAAUAUUUGAACAAAUUCUGGAGAAAAAGAACACUCAAUGCAUAAUUACAGGAAGGAAACAUGUUUGCAAACUGCUGGAGGACAGAUUUAAAGCGCAUGCGUUGAAGCUGAAACCGUUCGACUACAACGAACAAGUAAAAUUUUUAAAAUUAUUUUGGAGGGGCGAAAGCAGUGAAGCUCUUUCCAUGAAAUUUGCCGAGCAGCUGCUCAAAAAGUUCCAUAACGAAAUCAAAGGGAACGAUUACGACUUCGCAGGGCUUCCCCUGAUGAUACGAAUGUUGGCCGAGGUUUAUGCGGAUGAUUUUCAGAAGUUUCUCAAAACUGAAACAGCUGAUGCAACUUGUAUAUUUGAGUCGGAAAAACUUAAUGUACUCAAUUUGUUUGAAAAGUUUGUGAAAAUAUCCUUCAACUUAACAGUGAAGAGUACGUAUAGAACAGCUGUAUACGCAUAUGAUGAAAUUGAGGAUGAAAUUGAUAAGCUAAAAGAACCUAGUUUUGACUUCUUUAUGGAACAACUUCAAUUGUUAGCCAUCCAAUAUUUGGAAAUCGAAGAGUUGCAAGAUGUUAUAAAGAAACCUCAACCGUUUAAUAAAAACAACAAUCGACUUCUGGAACGUUUUCGGAAAGGAGAAGAAAAAUCUAUGCUAAUCAGUGCCUCAUCUGCAGAUAAAAUAGAUUUCAUUCAUUUGUCGUAUGCUGAAUACUUUGUUGCAAAAUUUAUAUUUGAUCACAUAGAUGAAUGCAAAUUUUCACUGAUGAAAAUAAUACAAGAUCGAGAUGUUGUACGAAAAUUUUUCUUCCUUAUGUUGGAGCACAUGCGUAAUGAAAAUUCUGAACAAAUGCAAAUAGUGCAAAGUCUGUAUAGUCAGAACUCAGUGGUUGUCGUCUGGGCUUGUCUUGGUGGUAACGAGAAAAUAGCAAUGCGUUUGCUACGAAAGUCGAAAAUCAAAUCUAAUGACCCAUACCACAAAAUUCUUAUGCUUGCCGCAGCUGAUGGAGGUUCAAUCGGUUUAGUUAAGGCAUUACUUAAUGAGUUUCAAUUAUCUGUGAACAUUAAAUACGGUUAUGAUUUUAUUGAGGACAAUAAAUUGCUGAUAGAUAAGUUUGGAGUAGAUUCUGAAUACAUUUUUUUUGGAACUCCUCUCCAUAUAGCCGCUCACAAUGGUUAUAUUGAAAUGGUGAAAUUUCUAAUUGAUCACAACGCAAAUAUUGACACUGAGGAUGAUGAAGGAACGACACCUCUCCAUCGUGCAUCCCGAAAUGGUCAUCUUGAGAUGGCGAAAUUACUGAUUGAUAAUAGAGCAACUGUUGACACUACGGACAUUGAAGGAUUGACACCUCUCCAUUCUGCAUCCCGAUUUGGUCUUCUUGAGGUGGUGAAAUUACUGAUUGAUAAAGAAGCAAAUGUUAACUUUAGGGAUGUCUAUAGAGGAAUCACACCUCUCCAUAUGGCUGCUAAAAAUGGACAUCUUGAGGUGGUGAAAUUAUUGAUUGAUAAAGGAGCAAAUGUUAACAUUAGGGAAGGCCAUAAAGAAAUUACACCUCUCCAUAUGGCUGCUGAAAAUGGACAUCUUGAGGUGGUGAAAUUACUGAUUGAUAAUGGAGUAAAUGUUAACACUAGGAAAGGCCAUGAAGAAAUUACACCUCUCCAUAUGGCUGCUGAAAAUGGACAUCUUGAGGUUGUGAAAUUACUGAUUGAUAAAGGAGCAAAUGUUAACAUUAGGGAAGGCCAUAAAGAAAUUACACCUCUCCAUAUGGCUGCUGAAAAUGGACAUCUUGAGGUUGUGAAAUUACUGAUUGAUAAAGGAGCAAAUGUUAACAUUAGGGAAGGCCAUAAAGAAAUUACACCUCUCCAUAUGGCUGCUGAAAAUGGACAUCUUGGGGUGGUGAAAUUACUGAUAGAUAAUGGAGCAAAUGUUGACGCUAAGGAAGACUAUAGAGGAAGGACACCUCUCCAUUAUGCAUCCUACAAAGGUCAUCUUGAGGUGGUGAAAUCACUAAUUGAUAAUGGAGCAAAUGUUGACACUACGCAAAAUGAAGGAUGGACACCUCUCAAUAUGGCAGCCCAAAAUGGUCAUCCUGAGAUGGUGAAAUUACUGAUUGAUAAUAGAGCAAAUGUUGACACUAGGCAAAACGAAGGAUGGACACCUCUACAUGAUGCAUCCCGAAAUGGUCUACUUGAGUUUGUGAAAUUACCGAUUGAUAAUAGAGCUUACGUUGACACUACGCGAGAUAAAGGAUGGACACCUCUCCAUUAUGCAUCCCGAUAUGGUCUUCUUGAGUUUGUGAAAUUACUGAUUGAUAAUGGAGCAAUUGUUGACACUACGCAAAAUGCAGGAUGGACACCUCUCCAUAUGGCUGUGAAAAAUGGUCAUCUUGAGGUUGUAAAAUUACUGAUUGAUAAUGGAGCAUAUGUUGAUACUGCGCAAAAUGAAGGAUGGACACCUCUCCAUUAUGCAUCCCGAAAUGGUCAUCUUGAGGUGGUGAAAUUACUGAUUGAUAAUAGAGCAAAUGUUGACACUACGCAAAACGAAGGAUGUACACCUCUCUAUAUGGCUGCUGAAAAUGGUCAUCUUGAGGUGGUGAAAUCACUAAUUGAUAAUGGAGCAAAUGUUGGCACUACGGACAAUGAAGGAUGGACACCUCUCCAUUUUGCAUCCCGAAAUGGUCAUCUUGAGGUGGUGAAAUUACUGAUUGAUAAUAGAGCAAAUGUUGACACUACGCAAAACGAAGAAUGUACACCUCUCCAUAUGGCUGCUGAAAAUGGUCAUCUUGAGGUGGUGAAAUCACUAAUUGAUAAUGGAGCAAAUGUUGACACUACGGACAAUGAAGGAUGGACACCUCUCCAUUAUGCAUCCCGAAAUGGUCAUCUUGAGGUGGUGAAAUUACUGAUUGAUAAUGGAGCAUAUGUUGACACUACGCAAAACGAAGGAUGUACACCUCUCCAUAUGGCUGCUGAAAAUGGUCAUCUUGAGGUGGUGAAAUCACUAAUUGAUAAUGGAGCAAAUGUUGACACUACGGACAAUGAAGGAUGGACACCUCUCCAUUAUGCAUCCCGAAAUGGUCAUCUUGAGGUGGUGAAAUUACUGAUUGAUAAUGGAGCAUAUGUUGACACUACGCAAAAUGAAGGAUGGACACCUCUCAAUAUGGCAGCCCAAAAUGGUCAUCCUGAGAUGGUGAAAUUACUGAUUGAUAAUAGAGCAAAUGUUGACACUACGCAAAACGAAGGAUGGACACCUCUCCAUUUUGCAUCCCGAAAUGGUCAUCUUGAGGUUGUGAAAUUUCUGAUUGAUAAUGGAGCAAAUGUUCACACUGCGGAAAAUGAAGGAUGGACACCUCUCCAUUAUGCAUCCCGAAAUGGUCAUCUUGAGGUUGUGAAAUUUCUGAUUGACAAUGGAGCAAAUGUUGACACUACGCAAAAUAAAGGAUGGACACCUCUCCAUAUGGCUGCCCAAAAUGGUUAUCUUGAGAUGAUGAAAUUACUGAUUGAUAAUGGAGCAAAUGUUGACACUACGGACAAUGAAGGAUGGACACCUCUUCAUAUGGCUGCUGAAAAUGGUGAUCUUGAGGUGGUGAAAUUACUGAUUGAUAAUGGAGCAAAUGUUGACACUACGGAAAAUGAAGGAUGGACACCUCUCCAUAUGGCUGCCCAAAAUGGUUAUCUUGAGAUGAUGAAAUUACUGAUUGAUAAUGGAGCAAAUGUUGACACUACGGAAAAUGAAGGAUGGACACCUCUCCAUAUGGCUGCUGAAAAUGGUUAUCUUGAGGUUGUGAAAUUUCUGAUUGAUAAUGGAGCAAAUGUUCACACUGCGGAAAAUGAAGGAUGGACACCUCUCCAUUAUGCAUCCCGAAAUGGUCAUCUUGAGGUUGUGAAAUUUCUGAUUGAUAAUGGAGCAAAUGUUGACACCACGACUAAUAACGGGUCGACACCUCUCGAUAUUGCAUCCCAAGAAGGUCAUCUUGUGGUUGUGAAAUUCUUCUUCUUCUUCUUCUUGGCGUUACGUCCUCACUAGGACAGAGCCUGCUGCUCAGCUUAGUGU